AUGAUAGAUUUCGCCAUGAUUGAAAGCUCCGACUCCGCCCUCGUCUCUUCUUCGACACACCCGACCCACGAAUUGGACGUCAUGUUCGAUUUCGACUUCUUGGCCGACCUCCCUGCUGAUACCCCCCGCGUGGUGGCAUCGACCCUUAAUUCCAUCAAGUCCGCUAUAAGGCGUAACCUCCAGCACCCGUACAUUGUCAUCGAUUAUGUCAACCCAGAUAUUGUCGAGAGGCUUGUCGAAUCUCCGCGCCUACGUUUCCUGAAGGCGUCAAGGCUGUUUUACGAUGCAGAUCUGCGCAAACUGAUUUUAAAGAUACCCUCUACUUUUCAUGAUGGCGCCAGCAGAGCUUUUCACAACCUACUUACACGACACAUGGAAUCUUCUGGCGUCGACGAAGAGGUAGUAGAACCUCAAGGCUCGGGGCGCGUUAAGGACGGCCCCUACUCCAAGGAGCCUGACGAGUCGUAUCUCCCGGUGCGACCGAUCCCUGGUCGUGAUCCCAAGUGGCCCACCCUAGUAGUGGAAGUCGGUUACAGCGCGACUCUGGGUCGGCUGAGAGUUGAUUGCCGUUGGUGGCUUGGCCGCUCCCAAGGCCAAGUCAAAAUUGCAUUACUACUAUCUAUCGACCGGGACCGGCCGCAUAUUUUGAUAGAAAAGUGGGAAAACGGGCCUGCUACAUACGGCUACAAUUUCCGAGUCCCAGGACGGCUCUCCCCACAGAAAACAGCAGCUAUCAGUGUUACCCUCGAGAAUGAUGAGUAUGUCACCACAGGAGCGCCACUUUGCCUGUCCGUUGAUGACAUCGUGCUCCCCCUUGUUCCCGGAAGUGUCCCCCCGUGUCAAAUCAUAGACCAUGAUUUCGAAAAAUUGGCAAGGGCUAUAUGGAGAAAGCAAGGGUUUGUUGCAAGACCGACUUGA